AUGACUUCUAUAAGUGAGGGGGAACUACUAGAGCAAGAUCUUCACGACGCAGAGCUGAGCAGAAGGGAAAGUAACGACCCAUCCAAGUACGACUACAUCAAGUUCAAAGAGCUGAUCCACUCAGGAUCUCCAACUGUCUUCAAGCUGACUCCAAAGACAGAGUAUAUUGGAAACAUUAAGAAAGUAGUUCUUGGUGAACAAAACCCUGAUAAGACAAAGAGAACCAUCCUGCUUGUGGGAGAAACAGGAACAGGAAAAUCAACUUUGAUCAACGCCCUGGUCAACUAUGCCAUAGGAGUGACGUGGGAGGACAAUGUCUGGUUUGAGAUCGUAGAAAAGGAGAAGAAGAGAGAGCAGUGUGAAAGUCAGACCUCAGACGUGAUCGUGUACGAGAUCUUUGGUUUUGAAGGUAAAACUGUGCCCUACUCUCUGACCAUCAUCGAUACUCCAGGAUACGGAGACACCAGAGGGAUUGAGAAGGAUAACAUUGUCAGGCAAAGACUAUCUGACCUGUUCCGCUCAGACAAAGGAGUGUAUGAGCUCAAUGCAGUGGGUUUGGUGCUGAAAGCCGCUGACAAUCGGCUGAGUAAUCGUUUGAGGUACAUCUUUGAUUCAGUGGUGUCUCUGUUUGGAAAAGACAUGGAGGACAGCAUCUUUCCCCUCGUCACACACUCAGAUGGAGGCAAACCUACACUGGCUCUAGAAGCACUAAAAGAAGCAAACAUUAAGAUUGUAAAUGAUGAAAACAAUCAGCCAGUCUACUUCCUGUUUAAUAACUGCCAGACUGAUGAGAGAAACGAGAACAAAGAUGCUUUAAAGAACUCAUGGGAUUUAACAAGUAGGGGAAUGAAAAAAUUUACUGGCUUUCUUCGACAACUUUUACCUAAAAAUCUAAAAGCCACUGCUGAAGUGUUGAAUUCACGCAUCAGUCUGACAGCCAGCAUCAACAACCUGAAAGACCGAGUCAGACUGGUUGAACUAAAACAGGAAGUCAUCCAAAAGACCGAGGAGGCUCUGAGGGAAUAUGAACAAGAGAAGGAGAGUAAUAAGAACUUCACUGUCGAAGUCGACGAGCCCUACAAAGAAAAAACAGAGAUUAAAGGUGGGAUGUGGGGAUUGGUGUUUUAUGAAGGAGCUGUCUGCUGUAACAAGUGUGAGGAGAACUGCCACUACCCUGGAUGCACAGUAGCCUGGUAUCCCAGGGACUGUGAGGUCAUGAAAAAAGGUCGCUGCACCUCAUGUAGCAGGAAAUGCCCUGUAUCUGAUCAUGUGAAAAAACGGGAGGCCUAUGAAAUCAAGACAAGGAAAGUCACAAUGACCCUACAAGAUAUAGAAGAGAAGUUUCAAAGAUGUAAACCAGAUAGUCAGGAAACAACAAACACCUCAGAAGUCAGGAAGGAGAAGUGUGAAGGAAGUGAGGAAGACCAUAAGAAGGCAGAAAAAUUUCUGGGAACACUCCAGAUCAGUAAAGCCACCCUCCAAGACAGAAAAAAGAAGUAUGAUGAGAGUGAAGAGGGGAGUAAGGAGAAAACAAGCCUUUUGGGAACUCUUGAGAGGGAAAUGGAAGAUCUUCAGAGAGACAAAGAUCACUUUCUGAGAGAGUGCUAUGACCACGUAGAGAAACUGGAGAAGACUGCUCUCAAUGUUGAUUCACUGUCUACCCUUGACCACUUGGACUACUUGAUAAUGAAGAUGAAGGAGAGUGGAGAAAGUCCGGACAACGAUAAGUUCAAAAAUGAGGUUAAAGCACUGGAGGACAUGAAAAGUCGAGCGCUGUCCAAUGAGGGAACUAAAGCCGCUCUUAAAUACAAACAAGCAACAAAGUAAAUGGAAAGUACGACUCCACAGCUGUGUGAAACAAGGACAAAACUGUUCUAAUAAACAUCACAGGUCUUCAUGUAAAAAGGUCUCAGCUGUGAUGACCUUACAAAUGUUGAAUGUUUCAUUGAAGUGUUGAUGCUAGUUGAUGAUGUGUUUGUUAUUGCAGUUUUAAUAGUUGCUUCAUUGAAAUGAGUUAUAUUCCUGGUUAAUACUCUGUGUUUAAUAACAGCAUAUCUCUGCCUACCCUCCAUCAGAAACAGACGUUUCUCAUGUUGGUAUGUUUGGACGGAGCGUAUUACCCAACUCAGUCCUGACAUGAUACAGAAACAUCCUGCUAUGUUGAUGUGAAUUUCUUUAGCCAUGAUCUGCCAUUAAUCUAAGUGGUUAAGAUGACGGUCUCGAUUAUCAUGGAUGAGGCAAUGUGGCAUUUUUCUUAAACAAGUUAUCCUGUAAUCUUUGUAAUAUAUGUCAUUUAACUGAAAGGAUGUACCAAAUGAUCUAUUUUUGUAAAGUUAUUAAUAAAAUUGGCUUUCUAUCA